AUGGAACCAUUCAAGGCCCUAGUCGUCUGGCCAUCGGCACCUCUCACAGACUUCUUGGUCCGCAAAUCUCUGUCGUCAUUAAAACCUCCUCCGACCGUUCUGACUUCUCUUCCCGAAGAUCUGCCCUCUUUUUCAGGCAACCUCCUGCAGUGGUCGACAUACGACGCGAUUCACCAUGACCUAACCCACUCAGCUCCUCCGAGCUUGAAAGUUCUUUCCUCCUCGUAUGUCAUUCGCAAGGCUCUCAUCCGCAAACACUACCUCGCGAGAUGCAUCUACAAUUAUCUCGUCAAGCACAAGGAGUCUGCCCUGGGAAUCGCUACGCCGAGGACGUGGGAUAUAGAACUGAGCUUUGCGGACGAACUGGACGAGAUGUGGAGCGAUGAUCUCUUCGACCUUGGACAAGAGCUGGACAAAGCUGGCAUGGCAGACCGAGGCAUGGGGAUCAGACUCUUCCACACAAAGGAGGAUUUGAUGAGAAUAUUCGAGGAGUUCGAGCAAGGUUCUGACGAUGAGGAGGCCGUUGAAGAGGAAAUCCGACAUGGUCCAGAUUCUGGCGUUAUGAUGUCCCAGCUUCGGCACUUCGUCAUCCAGGAAUAUUUAUUCAACCUCUUGGUCCUAGAUCCAGCAGAAGUCCCGCUGGAUGGAAAACCCAAACCAAAAUUACAGGACUUGCGCGGCCACAAAUUCCAUCUCCGUGUCUACUGUGUGGCCUCCGGCGCUGUGACUGUGUACAUGUACGACCGCAUCCUCGCGUUGUUCUCCGCCGUGCCGUAUAGCAACCCAUCUGAGGGCAAGGACAGUUCGACUAGCUCCUUCAUCAAUGAAUAUCUGGCGGCACAUUUGACGAACACUUCCUUGCAGACUGAGCGUGGCGAAGCGGGCGUGCGACUGCUAGAUGAGCUCAUUGGUUCUCACAUCCUGUCGUCAAGGCUUGGUGCGUCGGCGAUGCAACCCCAGCAGCAGCAGGUCCGCACGCGCCAGCCGAGACCUCCACGGGCGAUAGGACAGAUGAUGGACGUGGAGCAAAUCCGGGUUGCCAGGAAGAAGCAAGAUGAGCAGGCACAGCGUUCCGUAUUUACGGCGGAAGACAUUGAGGAUAUCAAGUCGCAAAUCUCGGAGGUCCUUGCUGAGACGUUCAAGGCUGCGUUAGACAUGAGUGUACACUUCCAGCCACUUCCCAACGCAUUCGAGCUAUACGGAGUGGACUUUCUCGUGACAAAUGUACCAUGUCCAUCUCUGCCGAAGUUCCAAGUGAACCUGCUGGAGGUCAACUCGGAACCUGCGAUCGAGCUGACCGGCCCGCGUCUUACGUGGAUCCUUGAGGAUCUUUUCCGCGCCAUCGGUAGAGUGUGCGUCGCGCCGUCUUUCGGCGCAUCACAGGUAGGUGAUGGGAAGUGGGAAGUGGGUCAGACGCGCGAGCUAUUGAGAAAAUGUCUGGAUAUGGAGGUCCGGGGAGCGCAAGGGUGCCUCACCAAAAUGGCCGCGAACACAUCCAACCUCGUCUUUGAUGACCUCUUCACGAUCAGCGCCGUCGACAAAGAGGGCAAGAAGUUCGACCGAGUGUCUCGCCUAUAUGCGCACUCGAAGAAUUACGAUAUGGACCUGACGCUGGACUAUAACAUUGAGCUAUACCCACUGCAAAAGGACGAGUCUUUCACGCUUGCACUGGCCUCGUCAUUAUCACGCGGUCAUCCAGGGACUAGUGGUGGGGCGGAGGACGACAAGGACAGGGAUGUUUGGCGGCCAGAUGGGAAGGGUCAGCGAGGGCUUGAGGAAGACUACGAUUAUGUGAUGUACGGCAAGGUGUAUAGAUUCGACAGUGGUGCACAGGAGAUUGUCACAGCAUAUGCAUCGUUCGGUGGUCUGCUCAUGUCCUUGACAGGAUCAUUCCGGCAUAUGACGAGCAUUGUUCUCGGCGACCCAAUGUAUAUACUCCUCCGGAAGUGAUGCUGUAUGUGUACAUUGCUCGUCAUCGUGUCUGUCGUCUGCUGGAAUGUGACACUCAAUCGCAUGCGCAC